AUGGACGUCCUGUCAGCGUUAAAAGUCAUACAUAAUGCGUCAGAUGAAGAGUUGAAGGAAGCGCUUGCUAGUGAGAGUAUACACGACUUUAUUUUCGAAACUCUGGGACGCGUACAAAAUCUCGUCGUCACUACCAGCCCUUCCACGGUAACAUCUCCAUCUCGCACCUCGUCACUUCACACCUCGUCACCUCCCGCUCCUUCGCCUCCCAUCUCGUCUCCUCCGCAUCCAACGCCGGAGAACAGUAAAGCUAUCUCCUUGUUUGAACACGUGGAAAGAAGCAUACCUUGGUUGCUUGACUUCACAAAGCAAUCGCCUGCGUCGAUAAUCAAGAAAAAGGGCACCCGUACUUGGGAUCCAAGGCUGGACGAUAUUCUACGCUGUGGUAGAAAGGCGACGCGUCAAGAAAUCCUUUUCAGAGGGUAUGCUCAGCGAUCCUUUGCGCUCCAAUUCAUUCAGGAACAAGAACUUCAAGGCAAACCCUCGAGAGUCGAAGAACUAUGUCUUGCUGUUCUCAAAUUAGCCACAGACACGGACCAGAGCCAGAGCCAGAGUAUACUCAACCAAAAAUCACACUCGAUUGCAUGCUUCGUGAAGGAUUAUAUAUGCAUUGACUCUCACCAUGAUGAAUACGGAAGUGCUCUUGAAGGUGUCUACGCCGGCCUUAGGAUCCUGGUGGCUGAACGUCUACUCGAAAAGAAGUUGUCCCAAUCAUUGAUUACAGCUGGAUUAGCAGCGGUGCUAGCAGUGGUUGCAAGAUUCAGCUUUGCUAGCUUCGAGACAAUUCGUGACUUGAUCUCUUGUAUAGUCGCAAAUCCAGAAAUAAGUCCUCUCAGGAAGAAGAAGAGUUCAACUACAGAGGAACCGCCACGCCGGAUUCUAGAAAUUUUAUUAGAACUAUCACCAUGGAGUUCCGACUUCCAAUCCUGUUACACUUCGUUGAAGACUCGCGGAUGGGCUGGUAGCAGCAACACAGAACUCAGUGAACGUAUUCAAUCGUCGGACGAUUAUUGCUCUAAUACGUCCGGAUCUGCACACCAUCAGUGGUCCGACACGUCUUCCAUCGCAACCGAUCUAGCGGAAGAUGACGAUUUUUCGCAACCUCUUCCAAAACGCCCAUGUCUUGAUCACAGUGCUGCGAGACCAUAUCGUUCUGAAAUCUCCGUUUCGCAAUACGAUUCUUUCCUGGGGACCCCACAGGCGCUUAAUCUCUCUGCAAACAUUGCACAUCGAUUGGGAGAAAAUGGCGGAGACAGAAGUCAAUUGCUCAAUAAUGAUCCUCAGUCUAUUCACGUGCCGACUUCUUUGCACAUGGCAGGUAUGGAACCGCGUUACACUCAAUUGACGCCUGGUGUUUCAGACAUUCCGUUGGACCUGAUAAACUACUCCCAAUCAACACCUCAAGCUCCAAAUGUUUCGAUGGGCUCGGCAGAAACACAAUCGAUGCCUGGUGUUUCAGGCAUUCCAUUGGACCUGGCUCAGCAGACACUCAAUCGAUAUCUCAUGCUUCAAGUAACCAGGUUGGCUCGGCACACUAUACUCAACCGAUGCCUGGUGUUUCAGACAUUCCAUUGGACCUGGUAA